AUGGCGACGUCGGGAACAUACGUGACUGAGGUUCCGUUGAAAGGAACGGCGGAAAAACACUACAAGAGGUGGAAGAGCGAGAACCAUGUCUUCCCUGACACCAUCGGCCACCACAUCCAAAAUGUCACCGUUCACGAGGGUGAACAUGACUCUCACGGUUCUAUCAGGAGCUGGAACUACACAUGGGAUGGAAAGGAGGAGGUAUUCAAGGAGAAGAGAGAGGUAGACGAUGAGAACAUGACCUUGACGUUAAGAGGAUUGGAGGGCCACGUGAUGGACCAGCUCAAGGUGUAUGAUGUCAUCUACCAAUUUAUUCCAAAAACUGAUGAUAGUUGCGUUUGCAAAAUCACCAUAGUUUGGGAGAAGCGUACCGAUGACUCCCCCGAACCAAGCAACUACAUGAAAUUCGUCAAGAGCUUGGUUACUGACAUGAACCACCACGUCGUCAAAGCUUAA